AUGAGCCAUACUCUGCCGACUCUCCGAUCAGGCUGUCGGCAACACCAGCAGCAUCUAGGCCGUUGCCGACUCAUCGUUCGCCGACCUCAGCCUGCAUCAUGGCAUAGCGCGCAGCAGCCGAGCACGCCUCGUUCGUGGUCCAUACGGAUGCUUUCAUCGUCCACCGCGUCAUCGCAGCAGCAGCAGCAGCGAGUAAUCAAGCCGGACAUUGAGCGGCUGCGCCAUCAGCCCGCCAAGGUCAUCCCAGACUAUCUGACGCCCAUGCCCUCGCACCUCCUGACGACUAUGCUUGCGGAUCUAGAACUCUGUGGUGCGAGCAGCACGCCACACGGUGGCGCUUCUUCUCCCUCCUCGACCCUGCCGCUUCGGCGACCUGGUGGCUCUGCUGCGGAAUCGGCGGAAUCGUCGCCGAUGGUCCAAUCGCCGCCGUCAUCGCUGCCCCAGGGCCACCACCUGGUCUACUUCCCCAUCCUGGCUGCCCCCUCGCACCUGGCGCCCGACGGCGCGGACAUGGACCACUCGCCCGGCGCGCAUUACUCGCGCCGCCUCUGGGCCGGCGGAGAGGUAACGUUUCGUGAUGGCACAGGACGGAGCGCAGGAGAAAAGGACGUCCCUCGCGGGGCGCUGGUUCUGGACGGGCAGCCGUGGACGUGUACGGAAACCAUCGGCGACGUGCGAGUCAAGGAAGCGAGCACGGGGCUGGCAAAGACUCAAGGACAAGAAAAGAUUUUUGUCGAUGUGUGGCGCCGAUAUGCGCUGGGGCAUCCCACGGGGCAGGAGAGCCUGCCGUGGUCGAUUGAGGAGCGCCGGACUCUUGUCUUUAUGAACCCAGGUGACGAUGCUGAGACCCCGACCGGCGGAACCCCUAAAAUAAUCAAAUACCCUCACGAAGCUGCCCAUUGCGUCCAGAUCCUGCCCUCUCCGCGCCACUUGUUUCACUUUUCGGCCCUGACAUUCAACGCCCAUGCCAUUCACCUAGAUCCGCAGUAUGCACGGUCCGUAGACGGCCACCGAGCACCGCUCGUGCAUGGGCCGCUCACGCUGGCACUCAUGCUGCGCGUGCUGACGGGCUAUUCCGGCCAGUUUGUCUCGCGCUUCGUCUACCGCAACCACGCACCUCUGUAUGUUGAUGAGCCGCUGACCGUCAAGGUGCGGCCUGUCCCGUCGCGGGCCGACCGCAGUGACAGCGGAGCGACGUGGGAUGCGUGGGUGGAAGGCCCAGACGGAGGACUUGCUGCCAAGGGAACAGCUACCAUGGCUGCUUGA